AUGAGAUACUAUCUUGCCGAUGGCAUAUAUCCACAAUGGUCAACAUUUGUGAAGACAAUCCCAAGGCCACUAGGAGCAAAAAGAAAAUUAUUUGCAAAAGCUCAGGAGACAUAUAGGAAGAAUGUAGAGCAUGCAUUUGGAGUGCUUCAAGCACGAUUUGCAAUUGUACGUGGACCUGCACGUUUUUUCUAUCAUGAAACACUACAAGACAUUAUGAAAGCAUGCAUAAUUCUUCAUAACAUGAUUAUUGAAGAUGAGCGAGAUGAAGCUGAAGCAGUGGACUUAGAUUAUGAACAAAUUGAUGAGAUUUCAUGUACACCAAUGUCACGUGAGCCAACAAAUGAAUUUACUGAGUUCAUUCAAGUUCAUCAAUGCAUUAGGGAUCGAGAAGUUCAUUCUCAACUCCAAAUGAAUCUCGUUGAACAUUUAUGGCAAUUACAAGGAGAGUCAUAA